CAACAGUGACAGCUGAAAAAACAUCUUUCUCCUUGUGCUUGUCUUGUGUCGUCUUGUAUUUCAGUCUUGCUUCAUAAAAUAGUGUUACUUAUAUAAUAAUAAUAUGGUUGGAUUCAUUUGGUUGUGACUUGUAAUUAAGAAUAAGAAUCAUUAUUUAUAAAGGUGUUAUACACGACUUUGACAGAUCAAAAUCAGCAGUUUAACAGGAAGGCAUCAUUUCCAAAGUGAUUUUUGAACAUUUCAAAACAAAUAAUUAGGCUACUUGUUUUUAAAAAUGGCAGCAUUAAGUUUGAAAUUGAAGACUAAAGAUGGACAAAUUGUUAUCAGCACUUUGACAUCUUUGAAUACAAUAGCUGAACUCAAAGCUCUUCUGUCAUCUGUUACUAAGAUUCCUACAACUGAUUUGCAUGUUCUGUUUGGUUAUCCACCUACUCCUCUAGACCUAACCUCAAAUGAGAAAACAUUGGAAGAUUGUGGUCUUAAAUCUGGCGAUACUUUAAUUGUUGAGAAAAAGGAAAGCACUUCCUCGGAUGGUGAUUUAUUUUACGAAAGUAGAAGACAUAUUGAUGAUCUCCAAUCAGAAGCAACUGGAAUUCUAAUGAAGAGAGUUGUUCCAGCUGACAACUCGUGCUUAUUCACUAGUGUAGGGUUUGUUCUAGGAGGUAAAGUCGAUACUGAGGGUGCAAGUUUUAUGCGAGAAAUCAUUGCCAAAUCGGUAGCUGACGAUCCGGAAAACUAUUCAGAGGCCAUUUUGGGCAAACCGAACCGCGAUUACUGCAACUGGAUUCUGAAGCCAGACUCGUGGGGUGGUGCAAUUGAACUGGCAGUGUUGUCAAAGUUCUACGGCAUCGAAAUUGCUGUCGUCGAUACUGUCAACGCCAUUAUUAAUCGCUUCGGUGAAGACCAAAACUACGAUCAUAGAGCUUUUCUCAUUUUUGAUGGAAUACAUUACGAUCCCUUGUACAUGGAGACCCUUGACCACAACAGCUCUAUCCAGACGAUAUUUCCAAGAAACGACGACCGCAUUCUGCAAGAAGCUGAACAGUUAGCGAUUGAAGCCAAGUCGAGUAGACAGUACACGGAUGUUAAUAAGUUCACACUGCUGUGUCGCGACUGCGAUGUGAAACUGUCCGGCUCCCGAGCUGCCACCACCCACGCCAACGAAACCGGUCACACCAACUUCAGCGAAAUCACCAGAUGAUAAACACUCAAACCUAUGUCACUAGGUUAGGUUAGACAAUGCAUGCUAUAGACAUUUCAACGUGUGGCUCCAAAUACUAAUUGAUAAUUUAAGUAACGCCUUCACUUCAAACUGGGUACAUCAAUUAAAUUGAAUUCAUUUCAGUGUUCGAAUUAAUUGUGUCGUUGCUAUAUACCUACUAUAGGAUCUCAAUAGAUUUUGAUAUCAAUGAGUUUUUUUGUUUUGAUAUUGGUAGAAUUUUAAUAAGAGGUUAUCAAUGUAUGGGUUUAAUUUGUUUGUCUCUUAAUUUAUUGAAUGUGAGUUAGGUGAUUAUAAAUAGAUUAGUAGCAAUAUCAAAGAUGUAAUAAAACAGUUAGAUAGAUAUGUUGUGCUAUUUUUGGGUUCCUUGAUGCUGAGCUACUACCGUCAUACACAGCAAAAAAACAUAGAAUUUUAUUACUUGGUGAACUAUUUUUUGACUACUCGGUUUACUUUCAUGUAUUAAUUCCAAUGAAACAUAUAUUAUUGUUAAACUAAGUUGAAGUCUAAAGCACUAUCACUCUUUACACUAUUGUACACUAUUUAAAAGCUAAAUAAUAUUAAAAUCAUUUCCUGGGUAAUUAAUGUAAUAUUUUAAUAUGAAGUGGUGAUCUUGAAAGCAAUAUCGAUGUUGGUUUAGUAGGAUAGAAUCAUAAACAAUUAAUCAACGACCAGCCUUAAAAAUCAUUUUUAGCUUCAUUAGUACAACGGUCUUGAUCGCCAGAGAGUAUGAAACGUUCAUAAGUUAUAUUUUACUAGUGUUUUUAACAUUUUAAAAUUUUAAUCUUUUAAUUGAUAUAUGAAACUUGAAGUUUCAAGAUAUUUUAAUUUAAUAAACAUUUAGAAUUAUUUUCAACUACCUUGCAUGACUUGAAGGCUAUCCUUCUGAAUCAAGAUGAUUUUAUUUAUAUAGAUAUUCAUGGUGAAAAAUAAGGUAAUAAUGCUUUUUAAUCACAUCACAUCAAAUUCAGAGCUAAAUACUAUAGAUUGUUAAAUGAUAUUAAAAAUGUAUGACUCAUUCUAUCCAAUUUUAACUGUAUAGCUUUUUGCUUUUGUGAACCAAUGAGUAAUUAGUUUUGUGAACUAGUACUAAAGAAAUCAUUGUCAGUGGCAACAGGGAAAAUGUUUGAAUGGGUGGCUUCUCUCAAUUUUCUCAUUAUGAUGAGUUUAGUGUUGAGUUAUUAAAUCACAUUCCGGUAGAAGCAUUACUGUCUAGUAAAUCUUUUCUAAUUAAAUUUGGUCUAAGCUGAAACUAAGCUGAAAGCUAUCUGCUUGAGUCUAUUCUUAUAUAUUUAUAAAUUCUAUUUAAAUGGAAUUCAAUUACGUGUUACUGGGCACCUGUAUAUGCAGUGGCACUUUCAAUAGCUUUUUGAUACUCUACUGUGAUUCAGGGUAUUGAUAAAUGAUUAAUCAACUAAAUUUCAAAUGAUCUUUUUUCACAAACGUUGUUCUAUAAGUUUCCCAUUCAUCCAUUUCCAUAUUAGGAACAAAUUAUCUUGUAAGAACAAUAUCUUGAAGAUAAAAAUAUCAUUUUAUUCUAAGUUUUAAGGGUGUAAGUAUUGUGUAAUGCUCAGAUUGUACACAAAAGUUUUUAUGAGUUCUUGGUUCUUUUUUUAGUUGUGUUCAUAGUACAAUUAAAUUUAAUUCAUAUAGUAUUUUUUGAGUUUUUAUAUAUAAAGUCCUUCUAUCUGCUCUUAUGGAUUUAUUACUAAGCUUUCGGUAGUAGAAUGGAAUUUAAAACAUCCGUGAUUCUAGACAAUUUUAGUUAGUUUUCAAGCACUGUAUCAAUGUGAUGAAUUUUUUAACUUUUAAAAGUAUACCUUAACUAUACAAAAGAAGCUUUGAAGUUUAUCUAAAAAUUCUUCAAAAUAGGUAUAAUUUCAUAUAAAAUGAAUUGUGGUAAAUUAGGUUUCAAUCAUAUACCUAUACUAGAGGAUUUUGAUAUUUUCUUCAAAAACUUCUAAAUGAACCAGGCAUACCUCAAAUCUCAUUCCGUGUGUAGAAAAAUGUCUGGCAAUAGACUCUCAAGUUAUUGUCAAUACCGUAUGUGCUUAGAGCAUACCUUUGAUUACCCUACCCUUGAUACUUUUCUGAAAUAUCAUUCCUGUUCCAAGAUGUAAAUGAACACCAAUAAAUAAAAUUAUAUUACUGUGUGCAA